AAUUGAGUUUGACAUUGGCAGAAUAUACUGUGCACGUCUUUGCACGGAUGAAGGGGACAUUUUAAACAAACAACAACAAUAAUUGAGUUUUAAAAAUCAUUAAGAAAACAAAUAUCUAAUACCCAAACUUCGUUUUACUAUUUAUUCUUCACUCUAACCAUAUCGAAAAUGGUUUAUCUACAUUUUCCAUCAAACUUAACUGAAGAAGAAUUAAUGCUUCAAGCUAAAUAUCAAAAAUUGAAGAAAAAGAAGAAAGCACUUCAGGCUCUCAAAGCACCAAAACAGGAACCAGAAAAGCCAAUAUUACCUAAACGGCCGACUGAGGCUCGUGAUGCUCGAGAAAUUGCUCGCAAACUUAUUAAGAGCGGAGCCAUCCAAGCAAUCAAAAGUCCGCCCCCACAGCCACAAAAUGCAACUUUCAAGAGACCAAGAGCAGGCAGAGAACGCAAGUUGAGUGGUUCAACAGGAGCGGCAGGUGGAAUUGCAUCUUAUCAACCAUUCAGUGCUUCACAAGAACCACCACCUCCUGAAGAAAAAGCAUCAGCCAGAGUUAAAUACUUAUAUGACUCCUUUGUAACUGCAAGGGAAAAGGAAGAAAAGUCAGCCAGAAAUCAAGGUCCUGGAGAGUCAUCGAAUAGUAGUGGCAAAACUACUUCUUUACAAAUUGUAGGCAGUAAAAUCACAGAAGAGCUAUUAAGACGGCGUUUGGCAUCAUUUGAACCAUUUACUUUCACCCAAGAGCCAGAUGAAGAAAAGGUGUAUCUGACAUUUGAAACCACUGAUAUGGCAACUCAUGCUCAUUCUGCACUCGAGGGAUGUGAAGAAGGAUGGCGCGUUUCAUAUGUUAGAAAAACCCCACAGCCUGGAUCUUGGACACCUUCAGCAACAGCGCGCAAUACUCAGCCUGCUCCACAAAAAGAUGCAAAAAGAACAUUAUUAAUCUAUGAUGAUAUUUUUGAAUGAAAUCUUAUAAAAAAAAUGUUGAUUAAAAUCUUUAAAAAAAUCUCUAACAAAAUAAUUUUAUAACA